UAAAUUGGUGUGGUUAGGUCUUAUGACCUACCAUACAUUGUUUCUACUACUUUAUCUCUUCGCCUCCUGUCUUCCAUCGUUUCUGGCCCUGCGUUUGAUUCACUUCCAUGGCAAGGGGAAAUGAGAUUACCAAUUCCGCCUUUGCUGAAAUUAUGGCGCCCUCUGCAUCGUCUUCAAAUCCAACGAAGAAGGUGCGGUACGAUGUAUUCAUAAACCAUCGCGGCCCUGACACCAAGCAAACCCUAGCCGCCUCAAUCUACCGUGCCCUCAAACUCAUGGGACUUCGUGUUUUCUUGGAUGAACCAGAGCUCGAUCUUGGUGAUUCCAUACCCUCUGAGAUACAACAUGCCAUCGCUACUUCUUUCCUUCAUAUUGCUAUCCUUUCACCCACAUAUGCAGAAUCCACUUGGUGUCUGGAAGAGUUGUCCCUUAUGCUGAAAACUGGCCAGACAAUCAUUCCCCUUUUCUACAAUGUUGAUAUCAAUCAUAUCCGUUGGAUUCGUAAAGGAGAUGGACCCUAUGCUGAAGCAGUUUCCAAGCUUGAAGCCAAAGCAAUUUCCAAGCUUGAAGCCAAAGCAAUUUCCAAGCUUGAAGCCAAGGAGAGAUAUAGUCCAGAAAAGAUUGAGGAUUGGAAGUCGACGCUGGAAAAGGUUUCAUAUCUCAAGGGCUACAUUGUCAACAGUAAGAAAAAUGCAUCUUUCUACAGUGAUGAAGAAGUGUUGAAGAUUAUUAAAAAUUAUGUUAUGAAGCAGUCCAAAAAGACUCCAUUUGUGAUGCCCAAACAUCUUGUGGGUCUUGAUAAAAUCUUACAAGACUUUGAAAGAAGUGUAUUGCAAUCUUCUAAAUAUGUAAAAAUUGUGGGGAUUACAGGUAUGAGUGGGUGUGGAAAAAGCACAUUGGCAAAACAAUACUACAACAAGAUGAUACAGUCCUCCUACAGGUGUAGUUUUCUUUUUGAUGUUUCAACUAAAAAUUUGUGUGAAAUGCAAAAAAAAAUGUUUCAAGAUCUUGGUGGUUCAGAAGAUGUAUCAUUUGAUAGUGUAGAAGAAGGAAAAGCAAUCUUAAGAGAGUAUUUGAGUUUUGUUCAGGUAUUUAUUAUCUUGGAUAAUGUAGAUCAUCUAGAUCAAUUAGAAUCUCUCUUACCAAUAAAAGAUAAUCUUGGGCAUGGCAGUGUGGUUGUGGUUAUAAGUCAAAAUUCGCACAUUUUUACAUUAUGGGGAAUUCCUUCUGAUUCUAUUUUCAAGAUGAAGGAGUUUAAUUCUGGACAUUCUAUGGAACUAUUUUGCUGGCAUUCUUUCGGAAAACCCUCUCCAGAAGAUGGAUUUGAAUGUCUUGUUAGUGGUUUUUUAAAAUUCUGCCAUGGAUUGCCAUUAGCCGUCAAGGUAUUAGGAGGACUUGUGCGUGGAAAGUCGAAGGCUUGUUGGGCUUCGCAAUUGGAUAAGGUCUCGAAAUCAUUGCCCAAAGGCAUUAGAAGCUUGCUACAAGUGAGCUUUGAUGCGCUAGAUGAGGAAGAAGAGAAGGAGAUAUUUUUAGAUAUCUCUUGUUUCUUCAUCGGAACAGAAAAGGAUUCAGCCAUCGCAGUGUGGGAUGCGUCCAAAUGGAGUGGGGAGUGUAGUUUGCAAAUACUUGUGGAUAAGUUUUUGGUUGAGAUAGAUGGGUAUAACUGCUUGAGAAUGCAUGAUCUGCUGAGAGAUUUGGGAAGGGACAUCUCAGAGACAAAGUCACCGUACCGCCUGUGGUCAUCGGAGCAAAUUACCCAUAUUGAGGAAAAGGGGGAGAUUCGGGGAAUUAAAAUUCAAACGGAAGAGGUUUAUAAAGACUUUGUGGAGCUUGUCCAAGGACCGGGUAGAAGGUUGAAGCGAAAACAGGGUUUAAAAAUCCUGCAUGUUGAAAACAAUUAUCUUACAGAAGAAUUAGCAGCACAAUCAGAAGGCCUUCUAUCGCUGCGAUGGGCCAAGUUUCCACAUACAGCUAUUCCGGCAUGGAUUUCGUUGAAGAAGUUGAGAGUUUUAGAGCUUUGCGAGGCUUCUAAUUUAGAAGAACCGUGGAGGGACAGUGCCAACCCUCCUGUGCAGUUGGAAGUGCUGAGAAUCAUUCAUGCCGGAAGUUUCCUGAGAUUUCCAAGGUCAAUAGGAUUUCUAAAGCAUUUAAAAAAUAUUUAUUUUGAUGGCCAAGGAGCUCCUAUUGAAGGUUUACCAGAUGAGUUUUGCUGUCUCCAAUCGCUGGAGCGCCUGGAGUUAGUUGGAUGUGAUGAGCUAAAAUCAUUGCCUAGCAAGUUCGGUGAUCUGACAAAUCUGCAGCAUCUAAUUUUGAAAAGAUGCCGUGGGAUCGAAGGUUUACCAGAAGAUUUUGCCUGCCUCCAAUCACUGAAGGAGUUAGUGUUAAGUAAUUGUCAUAAGCUAAAAGCGUUGCCUAGCAAGUUCAGCAAUCUCACAAAUCUGUGGGUGACCUUCUGCUCAGGGCUCAGGAAAAUAGAAGGAUUAGAAAAUUGCACUUCAUUAGAGGUGCUGAUUUUAGAUACCCGUGCGAAAAUGCCAAAUAUGAUGGAUAUGGAGAGUUUGAGGUGGGUAAACAUCAUGCCAGAAUGUCACCGGCUAUCAGCAUGUGGAGCUUGCCUUCAAACAAUAAAUAGAGAGAAAUGGCCAUCCGGAUUAACGAUUUGUGUAAAGAGUGUGGCUGGCGUGGAGGCGAUUGUGAAGUCUAUUUCAUCUCCUGCUCUCACUUUGGUUGACUCGUUCCACCGGCGGAAGAGGAGAUAUUCUUGGUCGCUCGACGAUAAUUAUUGGCGGUAUGUCUUUUUGACAGAGCGUCCUGCCAACGCGGCAGCGAUGAUAUGCCUUGUUAUAGAUUCCAAAAAUGUCAACUUUCUUAAGUUGACUAGUGUUAUAGAUCUCAAUUAUUAUAGUGAAGGUUUUUGGCCAGGACCAAACCAUUGUGAAACGUAUUUAUGGCGUGGAAAAAGGGUAUGCAUAGGUGUCUUCACUGCAUCUUCACUCGUGGGAAGCCAAGUCUCUUUCUCACUAGGUUGGAAAAAGGGCCAUGCGGAAGAAGAAUUGGUAGAGAUGGGAAUAUUAGUGAUGGGCGAGGAAAGUGAAGUUGUGGAUGCUUUUUAUCAAUUAGUACAAGAUUUGGGAAAAGCACAAGAUAUUUGUGAGGCUCGAUGAAUUUGUAAAUCUGAAUAAUUAUAAUUUAAGGAUAGAUGAUGGAAAAUUAGGUUGUAAAUAUUAUAAAUUUUAUUGUGUAAUAUUUGUAAUUAAAUUGUUUUUAAUUGAAGAA